AUGCCGCCGCCUGGGACCACGUCGCCGGAGCCGCCACCGCCGCCCUCCAUGUCGACCUCCCCAUCCUCGACCGCCCCCACCGGACUGCUUCUUCCUCGUCUCCUCCACCUCCCCGACCAGAUCUGGGCUACGCCCCUGGCGCACCCGACGCCACCGCCGCACACCGCCGCCGCCUCGUCCUGCCACUGCAUCGCCGAACCUCGCCGCAUCCUCGUCACCUCCCACGACGGCCUACAACAGGCCUCGCCGCCCCCGAUGCCGCUGGACCACGUCGCCGUCGCCCGGAACGCCACCUCGACCGCCUCCUCGCCGGACCUCGCGUCCUCGUCCUCUUCCCCGCCGGCCGCCAGCAAGCCUCGGCGCCCCCUCUCCCCAUCAACGCUGGUGAGGCCCCAGGCCUCUCCCCUUCUCUGCCUCAUGCCUCACUCGCGGUCACCGCACGUUAGAUCCUCCACGCGCGCGCGCAGGGGUGAGCACGCGCUCACCGUGCCCAGCGCGCCCUCUGCGCCAUGCUCCUCGCGAGCCCCCGCCCGCGCGGCACUGCACCCUCACCGUGCCGACCCCCCCCCCCACGGUGGCCUGGCCGCGCCCGCGCAAUGGCGCUGCUUGGCCGCCCCGCUGCCUGCCGCGGUGCUGCUGCCUCCGCCUGUUUCCGGUGGCCGCUACCUCCCUGGCCGCCCCUGCCUUGCUUCCUCCCCGCGAGCGCGGCUCACGCGCCCACCCAUGGCCUCGCCGGGGUCCCAUGCCCCUUCCCCGCGUGCCCAGCCAUGGCGCUGGCCGACCUGUGCCACUGACCCAAGGGGCCCACGCCCCUGUACUAUUUAG